AUGGCUUCUGGACGACUAUUUGGCGGAAUAUUAAUUUUCUUUGCUUUAGCAACGAUUGGAACAGGAAUUACAUCCUAUUCUCUCAAUGCUGCUAUGUUUAAAAUAUACAUUAGCCCACUGUUGUUUGACCCAGCUUGGUCUGCCAACUUUGCAAUUGUUCUUGGUAUUUUUUUAUUGCGAGUCCGAGAUCUAACUAUGACGUCACCUUCUGAAGCUGCCUCUUUAUUAUCACUAAGUAUCAUGUCCGCCGUAAUAUCGUCUGCAAGCACAGCCAGACUCUUUAUUGAUUUAUUUGAAAACGACUAUAACCAAAUUCGAUAUUCAAUGCCCACCGGAUUUCAGAUAGCUUCGACGUUAGUUAUAGACUUUGUCUCACUCGUGAUAGUUGUUAAACAAGGUAAGCUAUUAUCCUCUCAGGAAGGUCAACAAUCGCAUAGAGGUAUUAGCAAGUUUCCCCUAUCCAUCGUUAUGAUCAUUACUGGUGGAAUCAUUUACGGUCUUGGUUUAGCAAUAUUUUCAGAACGUUUCUUCAAUUUUUCUGUCAUCUCUCUACAUUUCCAAGGUGUUGUGAUUUUUGUUACAGGAAUACUUGGCUUAAUUACUCAUAAAAAGAACACGGACGAAAUGAAUGUGUGGUAUAGGGUCUUUGCCACGCUUGCUUCCGGCGUUAGUCUGUCUGGUAUGGUUGUGCUUGUUCAGACCUUAGUCCAUUAUGUCAACAACAUUCAAGAUUCGGAAUGGUCUAGAGCUGACUUUACUGUAUUAACCCUAUGUCAGGCAGCCUUUAUCAUAAUUGGAUUUGUAACUUCCAUGCUAGCAAUAGAUGCAUCUCGGUUUCCAGCUGAUGAUCAGAACAUUGCAGAGUACAGCGAUCCUAUCAAUGUUGGAAUCCUAGUAUCAGGUCUUCUUGCAAGUGGAAUUGCCGCAUUUAUGGUUGCUAUUAUGAAUUUUUCCACAUAUGGUUACAUUGCAUUGAUGGCUGGCGCAAUGGCUUAUACCUCAUCUAGAAUUGGAUAUGCAAUUCAAACAACGAAAAGCACCGUAUUGAAACACCCAUACCUAGCCGUCAACUUACUUACUCAUGUGGAAACGUUAUUUUCUAUUGGCCUUAUUAUAUUUAACUAUAUUGCAUUACCCUUUAGCUCAUCUGCUAUUAUAGAAACCUCAUAUGCAUAUAACUACAUCUUUAUGGGCAUAAGCAUAGCUAGUAUGGUUCCUAUAACACUAUUGACAGCUAAGGCAGUUUAUGAAAGCUACAAAGAACCUCAAGAAUCUUUAAUAUUAGAUGACAAUCCUGAUAUAUAG